AUGGCAGACGAACGCCCGCAUCCGACGAUUGUUACGACACCGCCAGCACAGGCCGGAGCUACCUCGUCGCCUCAUCCACGACGACCCCCGGCGUGUCGAUCCGUAUCGCUGCUUCACUCCUCUCGGAAGCGUUCGUCUCCCACCAAGGACCAAAGCGAUUCUUCCAGCGACAGUGCGGUCUUCAGGCGCAAAAAGUCCAAGACUGGCAAGGACGAUGAUUCGCCAUCCAGUUUGCAACCGUUGGGAAGAGAAAGUUCGGGCGGGAGCAGUAAUGCGGAAAAAUGGUUCGAGAAGUCGAAUAACGAGCUGCGCGACAAUAGCGCUUCUUUUGCCGAUAAUGAACCGCCAUUCUUCAUGCGCAACUCAUCUUCGUCGGAGACGCCACCGGAAGCACAGAACCAGAUGAGCCGGUUUCUGAGUGUCCCGAACGAAGCAAGUACCCUACCGAUGCGAAACAAUUUGCUCCAUUUUGGUACCGAUGGCAGCAGCACCGAUGACUUUCGCAGCGUCAUCGACGAUCUUACAAUCGAGAACAAGAAGCUCAAGAGAAGGUUGAAGAAAUACGAAAAGUUGCACGAUUCACAUCUUCGGGACGAGAAGCUGUUCGAGGUCAGGAUACACGGACUGCCGCCGGAGAAGAAGCGUGAGUUGGAGGAAACACUGCGGAAGUUUGCGUCUGGCCUUUCAAGCAAUGGAUUACCGGCCGCAUAUGAAGGCUUGCUGCCCGUGCUUGGCAAGCAAAACACAUCAUCGUCACAGACCUCUCAUCAAAACACCGAUUCGGCCUAUGCGUCCAUGUCUGGCCAAGGUUCUUCCGCUCAAUCUGGCACCGAGAUGAAGGCCAAGCACCCGGGCGGAAGUUCGGCUUCCAGAGCACAGAACAUCCAUACCUAUUUGCAUCAGAUUCCAGAAGGACUGUUGCCGCAGACAAACCCCGCGAAUUUGACAGAGCGCUCGAAGAAGAAGCUCGUUGUACGUCGACUGGAGCAGAUUUUCGCUGGCAAGGGCGCUGCUCUCGGCGGUCAUCAGCACUCUCAACAGCAGGAAGACGUUUCGCAAAUGGCGGCUCGAGCGGAAAGGGCUGCGGGUGAAGCUCAAGGACAGCGAUCUCGCGGUGAGGGUACUCGUGAGGCCCAUAUCAUGAAGGGCGAAACAGAAGACCCGGCAGAGCCGAAGAAGCGGACUGGCCAAGACACGUCGCGGGAUGAUCAAAGCUACAAGUCUGCAUCGAAGUCCCGAGCUCAGAGGUCGAAAGAGGAGCUAGCAAACCCGGACUCCCAGCCAACAGGUGAGCAACGGCCAACGCGACCUCUUGACUUGGAUCCGCACCGAGCCCAGGUACCAGCAGAGAACCUUCGCUACAUUCGACAUCUGGGCUUUUCGCCUCCAGACCUGGAUUCGGAGCGGUCACCCGAGGAGGGCCAUGGUUGGAUCUAUCUGAAUCUCUUGAUCAACAUGGCACAGCUUCAUACUAUUCACGUCACCUCGGAAUUUGUCAAGAAAGCUUUGCUGGAAUACAGCUCGAAAUUCGAGAUAUCUAGUGAUGGCAGGAAAGUAAGAUGGAAGGGAAGGCAUUCCGUCACGCAAAACAGCAGCAGCGGCGGCUCAACUCACAGUCGUGCGGGCGUAGACACGCCAGAUGUACAAAGUCCGCGCAAAAGACCAAGGCUGUCGUAUCGCCAGACUACCCAAUCGGGUGUUUCCAGUGCCAAACCUGGCGCGGUUUCUGCGCUCCGCAGCCAGAACGAGAAUAGCAAGUUGGUCUACACGCCCAUGUUCUUUCACCGCGAUACUUCAGAGGACUCGGAGGACUCAUCGGAAGACGAGGAGGGCACCAUGUCCCCUUACCCAGCUGCGCCCGCUGGAGACUCUUCUGGCAUGACCAGUUCUGGAAUGCGCACAGCCUCGACGAAGAAAUACAGGAAGCGCGACGACGGACCCAUCAUCUUCUACAACAACGCGCGGUUCUGCACAGACCUCAGUGGGGAUCGAAAGCCCACUGGUCACAAGGCGCCUCCAUACACUGCAGCAACGACUGUCCCCGUUGGCAGACCACAAAAACCUCCCGUCGCAACCUCCGAGAAGCGUGGCCCUCUAGCAUUGGCUGCUGAACUACCUGAGCCGAUGGACCUGGAUGACAACCCGAUUCCCGAAAAUAUGGAGCUCACAUUUCCGCCGCCUUCCCCUAGGAAGUUCGACAACAAGCAGCGAGCUACGUACGCCACCAUGGAGGCCACGGGCAUUGGAGGGAUCGUGCCUACGGACCAUUUUGCGAUCGGCGUAGAAACUCACUACGCCCUGCUGGAGCACGCCGACGCACAAGCCGUGUCGCGAAAUGAUGCUUCGAAGUACACGCCAGCCAAGUUUGCCGACAUUCUCGAGCAAGGAGGGCGUAGGAACAAAGCUCGUGCCGUGGUGCAGGAGCGUGUCGUUGCCACCAACAAGGAGAACCUUCCGCCUUCUGAGCUGCCACCGGCGCUCAGUUUCAUGCCGUGGAGCGAGGGAUUCACCGGCGACGACGACGAGUCCGACGUAGACGAGGUAAUGUCUGUUUCGCCAGAGUCUCCUGGUGCGAUCCUGCCCUCCGCGGCGCGUCAGCCUGUCGAAUUGCACUACGCCUCUUCAGAGGAGGAAGGAGAAGACAGCGAGGAUGACGACGGGCAGUCCGAUGAUGGCUCGCUCGAUCUCCUCGCGGCCGCUCGUGAGGCUGAUCCGGAAGCGAUCCUGCAAAAGGAGAGGGAGUAUGACGCAAACAUGGCAGACCGCCUCGCCGAAGAAAUCCCAGCUGGCAGUAGUGCGGCGACCGCGGGAGGAGGCAGCGGAUUUGCUAGCCCGGUAGACGGCAUAGGCAUGACCCAGAAGCAAUACCAGCGUGCUCUGCAGGAGAGUCGGGGCAAGCAACAGCCUCGUGCCACACUCCAGCGAGCAAAUACGGGUGAUUCUACCAAGGUGCAUGGACCGGAUGACUGCAGCGAGAACGAGCAGGAGGAUGAAAUGAAUGAUGUGAGGUCGUAG